GCAGGCUUAAAUUAAAUUUGCUGUUUAUUUUUCAGCCUCGUGCGUGUAGCAGUAUAAACUUUUUAGGGGCAUUUCUGUACGUCAUUUUGCUGAACGGUAGUGAACAUUAGCGCAAAAUAUAGCACUAGAGCCUGAUUAUCUUCAGCACCUCAGCACUUUAUAGUAGGCAACUUCAUAACAUAAACAUCAACAUUAAUUUCUUCGUAAUCAACGCCAAUUCGCACCACGCCCUAUCGAACAUUUCUCGAUAUCGUAUCCAGGGGUAAUUACCCCAAGAAGUCCACUUCUACGCCAUGGCUAGUAAACUAGACAUCCAGAAAUUGGACUCUGCAUUCAAGUCGCGACCGGACAUCGUACAAGACAUCCAGAAGGCUGCUGACUCCCCGUCGCGCGUGAAGCUAUUCAACGAAAUUGCAAACUUUGUAUACGAACAGAUUGGCGAUCAACCAUCCGGAUCCUCACUCAAGAGACGCCGAGUCGAUAUCGAACCCUCCCAAAAUGGGAAUGGACCGAACACCACAGCAUCAAGCACGAUAGAGGAUGUAGCGAGCGAGAAUAUCCUGUUGGAGAUUAAGGACAUAUCCGUCUCUAUCCCGCAGCGCAAGAAGUUCGAAUUGGUAUUCACCCCUAAACACAUAUAUGCUCGGGUUCCAAGCCAAACUACACCCGCGCCCGGUAUAGUGUUUGCAUGGAAGGAUAUCGAAUAUGCCUUCUACCUCCCUGUACCUGAGAAAUCACAGGUCCAACACAACUACAUUCUGUUUCCCCGAAAUUCUUACUCCUUGACAAAAACAGGCACGCCGGCUGAGGAUCCGUUGGUAUUUACAGUUUCAGCCGGUGCUCCUAAGCCUGGCUCAAUUGGUGGACCUAAUGCCAGCGCCGCCUCAGCCGUUUCCGAUUCUUACACCACGCUAUUCAACUGGGCCCUGAACAAAUGUCUUCAGGCGGCCGGGAACAAUGUGCAAAUAGUCGUAGCGGAUCCUAGCAAGUUCCACAGUAAGGUUCGACAGCCACACCGACCGAAGGAACCAGCAGUUCAUGUGAAGGCAUUCAGGGGAUCUAAAGAUGGUUACCUGUUUUUCCUAGAGAACGGAAUUCUAUGGGGAUUCAAAAAGCCGCUAUUAUUCAUACCGCUUGAUAAAAUCGCCGCUAUCAGCUACACAAGCGUAUUACAGCGGACCUUUAAUAUGGUCGUGGAGGUCUUUACGGGCGAGAAUGGAGACGAUGAAGCCACCGAAGAGUUUGAAUUCUCGAUGCUGGACCAAGAGGAUUAUGGAGGUAUCAAUGAGAGUUAUGUCGCGCGACACGGCCUUCAAGAUCGUAGCAUGGCAGACCAACGAAAGGCGAAGCGAGAGCUAGCGGAAAAUGCAAAAGGAAAGAAAGACGCCAAUGGCGCAGAGGAAGAUGCCAACGGUCAAAAUGGUGAUGACGGUAUGACCGAAUUAGAAAGAGCCCAAUUGGAGGCGGAGCAACAGCUACAGGAUGAUGAAGAUGAAGACGAAGAGGAUUACGACCCUGGUUCUGAAGGUGAGAGUGAGGGCUCAGGAACCAGUUCCGAGGAAGAUGAUGACGAUGAUAAUGAUGCCGCGGAGGACGACGAAAUGGACGAGGAAGACGACGGCCUCGGAGACGAGGACUAGAGUACAAUACCCAAUUAUGGCGGCGAUAGAACGAGUCAGCAACAAGCGUGUAACAAUAC